AUGCGACGAAACAAUCAACGCAGCGGACGUCCGAGUCAAGGACCUAUCGCCUCCUCAGGCUCUCACUCCUCCGUAUCCGUAUCCCCUCAGACUCAACCACCCUACCACGACCCCGGGGCACUUGACUUCUUCGGGAACGGAAACAGACUCGACGCACCUACUCCACCUUCGAUGAUGGGUGACCGAGAUCACCGUAUCUCUCCUUUGCUUUGCCAGUCACGGUGGGGACUUCAGGUUGGACUGGAUGAUACGAAUCCGAGUUGUUACUAUGGUGAUGGCCUGAACCUGAGUGACGGUCUUCUUAUCGGUGGUGCUGGUGACUCGGGAUGGCCUGUGCCCGGUGAAGUGGUCGUCGGUCUUGGUUUCGAUCAGGGCCAGCGGUGGGCUUCGGGGGUAGAGGAAGGAGUUGCGAACGUUGCGCGUGAUGGUGGUGUGAAUGAUCCCUCCGGGUCCUCUGGAUCCGGACCUGAGGGAGGUCGUCAGACUCAUCAUGGUGGUUCCGGCUCGAGCUCUAGCCGUCAGAGCAAGAGGGCGAAUGGUCCUGGUGCCACUGGCAGUCCGAAUAGACGAUCUGCUGUGACGUCGUCUCCGUCUCCCGUUGCAAGUCCGAGGUCUAGGAGAGUCGGAGUCGUGUCUGGUUCUUCUUCUGCUACUGGUACGACUGGUACUAGCACUAGUACUUCCCCGAAGGCUUCCCCAGCGCGUCCGAGUCGUGGGGUCACGAAACGGGGUGAACCGUCGGCCUCGGGGCAGGCUUCUGGAUCUUUGGGUGGUACGGGUGGUGCUGGUACUCGCGAUCGCGAUCGAGGGGAAGUGAAAUCAAAGAAGAGCCAGUGGAAAUAG